AUGAUCCGUUUCCUUAGUCCAUAACUCCAUAUGCAAACUUAGCCAAGAAGAGUCAACGGCACGUAAACCAGCGAAACUGCAACUGGUUUUCACACGCCUUUUCAUCACAGCCGUCCAUUCCCAUCAACAUCCGGGCUUUCUUCCCCGUCUAUAAAUAAAGAGAGGUUUUGCGGUUGUUUCAACCACCGUUUGAUCACUUUUUCAUUGACGACCGAAAGUUGGGUCUCUUUUUUCAAACUUCGACGACUGCGUUUUGAUUUUUGAUCUUCCAUUUCCGCAAUCAUGGCCGAGGGCGAAGGAAACGUGAAUAUGCAACAACAGAUGGAAAAUGAGGAGGAAGAGAGGCUAAAAUAUUUGGAAUUUGUGCAAGUGGCUGUUAUUCAUGCCGUUGUGACCUUCACAAACCUCUACCUUUAUGCCAAGGAAAAGGCUGGUCCAUUGAAGCCUGGGGUUGAGACCGUUGAGGGUACCGUCAAGAGCGUGGUUGGACCUGUCUAUUACAAGUUCCACGAUGUUCCCAAUGAGGUUCUCAAGUUUGUAGAUCGCAAGGUUGAUGAAUCUGUCACUAAUCUGGAUAGUCGUGUUCCGCCAGUUGUCAAGCAGGUGUCUGCUCAAGCUUACUCAGUAGCUCGAGAGGCCCCUGUGGCUGCUCGUGCUGUGGCGUCUGAAGUUAAUCAAAGUGGUGUGAAGGAAACUGCUUCUGGAUUGGCAAAAACUUUGUACACCAAGUAUGAACCUAAGGCCAAGGAGCUUUACUCCAAGUACGAACCAAAAGCAGAACAAUGUGCAGUCACCGCGUGGCGCAAGCUCAAUCAGCUGCCGCUCUUCCCUCAAGUGGCACAAGUUGUUGUGCCAACUGCAGCUUAUUGCUCUGAAAAGUACAACCAGACGGUACUAAGCACUUUUGAGAAGGGAUACCGAGUUUCCUCUUAUUUGCCUUUGGUGCCUACGGAGAGAAUUGCAAAGGUGUUUAGCGAUGAUGUGGCUCAAUCCACGCCACUUGUUUCCAGCUGAGCAAGAUGAUUUUGUGCUCAAGAAAUGGAUGUUGGUGUGAUUAUUAUGUAUUUUCUUUUGAUUGUGUAGUGUGUUUAGACAAAUAUGCGUGUGAUGGUGUGUUUUGAAGAUACAUAAUGUGAAAUUGAGAAUAAAUGGUCAAUAGCCCAAUAGAGUUAUUGGUCAAUAUCUAAUUGACUUUUUUCGUUCUUUUAA